AGAGCCGGAGUGAGACGAAAUCAAAAUGACGGACGCUCGGGGAAGCGGCGUCCUCGCUGCGGAAUUUGAAUGAACUAGAUCCCAGGUUCCAAGGAGCACGAGAUCGGUUCCAGGGCCAGAACGGCGUUCUGGAUCCGACGGACCAACCUGUGGAAGGAGGAGGAGGAGCCAGAGACCCCAAACCGAAACCGUAACCGAAACCGUAACCAAAAUCGAAACCAGGCGUAACCAGGAGUUCCUCCGCCGGCCAUCUAUUCAUCAACUGACAAGUGUCAUCCGUCACCACCUGUCAGUUGUCAGAGCAACUCAGCGCCCCGGCCAACAGCAGCUGUCAGCGGAAGCGGAAGUGGUGUGGCGUGGAAGCGUGGAAGCGGGAGUGAAAGUGGUACUGUAAGGACACCGGGAUAGCAUAACCAGGAACAGGAACAGUUGCGGUAGCAGGAGUAGGAGCAGCAGCAGGCAAAGAUUGGUGUAGGCGGCAAAAUGCCUGGCGGACGACGUGGACUGGUUGCGCCGCAGAACACAUUCCUCGAAAACAUCAUCCGGCGCUCCAACUCGCAGCCGGACAGCUCAUUCCUUUUGGCCAACGCACAAAUUGUCGAUUUCCCGAUCGUCUACUGCAAUGAGUCCUUCUGCAAGAUCAGCGGCUAUAACCGGGCCGAGGUCAUGCAGAAGUCGUGCAGGUAUGUAUGCGGCUUCAUGUAUGGCGAGCUGACAGACAAGGAGACCGUGGGAAGGCUGGAGUACACGCUGGAGAACCAGCAGCAGGAUCAGUUUGAGAUUUUGCUCUACAAGAAGAACAAUUUGCAAUGUGGCUGCGCCCUCUCGCAGUUUGGCAAGGCACAAACCCAAGAAACCCCGCUAUGGCUGCUGCUGCAGGUGGCCCCGAUCCGCAACGAACGGGACCUGGUCGUCCUCUUCCUGCUGACCUUCCGGGACAUAACGGCCCUGAAGCAACCCAUCGACAGCGAGGACACCAAGGGAGUUUUAGGUCUCUCGAAGUUCGCCAAGUUGGCACGAUCGGUGACGCGGAGUCGCCAGUUCAGCGCCCAUCUGCCCACGCUGAAGGAUCCCACGAAGCAGUCCAACCUGGCGCAUAUGAUGUCGCUGAGCGCGGAUAUCAUGCCACAGUAUCGGCAGGAAGCACCCAAAACGCCGCCACACAUACUCCUGCAUUAUUGUGCAUUUAAAGCAAUUUGGGACUGGGUGAUAUUGUGUUUAACAUUUUAUACAGCCAUCAUGGUGCCAUACAAUGUAGCGUUUAAAAAUAAAACCUCAGAGGAUGUUUCCCUGCUCGUGGUGGAUUCGAUAGUCGAUGUUAUAUUCUUUAUAGAUAUUGUCUUAAACUUCCACACAACGUUCGUGGGUCCUGGCGGCGAGGUGGUCAGCGACCCCAAAGUGAUCCGAAUGAACUACCUGAAGUCGUGGUUCAUCAUUGACCUGCUUAGCUGCCUGCCGUAUGACGUGUUCAACGCGUUCGAUCGGGACGAGGAUGGUAUCGGGUCCCUGUUUAGUGCCCUCAAGGUCGUCCGCCUGCUUCGGCUGGGGCGUGUGGUGCGCAAGCUGGACCGCUACCUGGAAUACGGUGCGGCCAUGCUGAUACUCCUGCUCUGCUUCUACAUGCUGGUGGCCCACUGGCUGGCCUGCAUUUGGUAUUCGAUAGGGCGCAGCGAUGCCGACAAUGGGAUUCAGUACAGCUGGCUGUGGAAGCUGGCCAAUGUGACGCAAUCUCCGUACUCGUACAUAUGGAGCAACGACACCGGGCCGGAAUUGGUGAACGGGCCGUCACGGAAGAGCAUGUACGUGACGGCCCUGUACUUUACCAUGACGUGCAUGACCUCGGUGGGAUUUGGCAAUGUCGCCGCGGAGACAGACAACGAGAAGGUGUUCACCAUCUGCAUGAUGAUCAUUGCAGCCCUGCUGUAUGCCACGAUCUUUGGCCACGUGACCACCAUUAUCCAGCAGAUGACCUCGGCUACGGCCAAGUACCACGACAUGCUGAACAACGUGCGAGAGUUUAUGAAGCUCCACGAGGUGCCGAAGGCUCUCAGCGAACGCGUAAUGGACUAUGUCGUAUCCACCUGGGCCAUGACCAAGGGUCUGGACACCGAGAAGGUACUAAACUAUUGUCCGAAAGAUAUGAAGGCUGACAUAUGUGUUCAUCUAAAUCGCAAAGUAUUUAACGAGCAUCCGGCAUUUCGUCUGGCCUCGGAUGGUUGUCUCCGGGCACUGGCGAUGCACUUUAUGAUGUCCCAUUCGGCGCCGGGGGAUCUGCUCUAUCACACCGGCGAGAGCAUCGAUAGCCUUUGCUUCAUUGUCACCGGCAGCCUGGAGGUCAUACAGGACGACGAGGUUGUGGCUAUAUUGGGCAAGGGCGACGUCUUCGGCGAUCAAUUCUGGAAGGACUCGGCCGUCGGCCAGAGCGCGGCCAACGUGCGCGCCCUGACCUAUUGUGAUUUGCAUGCCAUCAAACGUGAUAAAUUGCUCGAAGUCCUCGAUUUCUAUUCGGCAUUUGCGAAUAGCUUUGCACGCAAUCUGGUGCUCACCUACAAUCUCAGACAUCGACUGAUUUUUCGCAAGGUGGCCGAUGUGAAGCGCGAAAAAGAAUUGGCCGAACGGCGUAAGAACGAGCCGCAAUUGCCCCAGAAUCAGGAUCAUCUUGUCCGGAAGAUAUUCUCCAAGUUCCGGCGAACGCCGCAGGUUCAGGCCGGUAGCAAGGAGAUUGUCGGUGGAUCGGGUCAAAGUGAUGUCGAGAAGGGUGACGGCGAGGUGGAGCGUACCAAGCUACCAGCAAAACUAACACUCACCGAGGACGCGCGCAUCCUCGGCACCGCCAACGCAUCCGCAUCCGCGUCCGCCUCAGGGGCAGUGCCCUCGCCAUCGCCAUCCCCCUCGCCAUCCUCGGGUCCACCAUCUGCGCGGAGUACGCGGGCCAGCAAGUGGGGACGCCUCCUGGGCAGUUCAAGCGUCGAUUCAGCUAGCGACACCAGCGCCAAGGUAGCCGUCUCGAGAAGUUUGAGCGCCCGCGAAAGCCUCCGAGAGAGCACCGCCCAAGCGCGGCAGAGUAGUACUUCGAGUAGCAAUGGUGGACAAGGCAACAAAGUUUUUCCCAAGGCGCCCAAGCUGCAGGCGAGCCAGGCGACCCUCGCCCGCCAGGACACCAUCGACGAGGGCGGCGAGGUGGACUCCUCGCCCCCCAGUCGCGACAGCCGUGUGGUCAUCGAGGGAGGAGCUGCCGCUGCCGCGGGAGCAGCGGGAUCAACUGGAGGAUCCUCAGGUGUAGUAGCCACCAUCGAGACGGGCGGAGGAGCUGGCCCAACCAAAGCGGAACGUAACCUGGCAUUGGAGCGCGAACGGCAGAUCGAGAUGGCCAGCUCGAGGGCCACCACCUCGGAUACCUAUGACACGGGGCUGCGCGAGACGCCGCCCACGCUGGCGCAGCGCGAUCUCAUCGCCACCGUGUUGGACAUGAAGGUGGACGUCCGGCUGGAGCUGCAGCGCAUGCAGCAGCGCAUCGGUCGCAUCGAAGAUCUGCUCGGCGAGCUGGUCAAGCGGCUGGCACCGCCGGGAGCCACACCGGGGGGAGCCGGCGCCGGCUCUGCUCCGGAUAAUAGCAGUGGCCAGACCACGCCCGGCGACGAGAUCUGCGCAGGCUGCGGCGCGGGCGGCGGCGGUGGCGGCGCCGUGGUUACGCCCACCACCACCACAACCCAGACGUUGAUACAGACGCCGUCCGUGGUUACCAGUCCCGUGGACACUGUGAUAACCAUCUCAUCGCCAGGAGGAUCGGGACAGGGACAGGAAUCUGGAGCUGGAACUGGAACUGGAACUGGAACUGGAGCUGGAGCUGGCGCUGGUGGCGGCCUGCUAAAUCCGGGCGCCCCACCUGUGUCGAGCGCGGGAGGCAACGGCCUGGGGCCGCUGAUGCUCAAGAAGCGACGCUCGAAGAGCAGGAAAGCACCGGCGCCUCCUAAGCAGACACUCGCCUCGUCGGCCGGCACCGCGACCGCCGCUCCCAUGGGAUCCGUUACCGGAUCUGGCACGAUGUCGGCGCCAGCGUCAGCGGAUCAUCAGUCGGCGACGGACAUGUCGCCACCAGGAGCAGCAACGGCAGCGGCAGCACCAGCGGGCCAACUGCUUCAUCUACGCCUGCUCGAGGAGGACUUUACGGCGGCCCAGCUGCCGACGACUUCAGCGGGUGUGGGAGCGGGAGCCGGGGUCACUUCACCCACGGCGGCCACCACACCAACGCCGCCUCCAACGGGCAGCGGCAGUGGCACGCCCACCACCACGCCCACAGGCAGCGGGCCCAGGAGCAGUGGUUCCAAGCGGGAGUUCCUCUAG